UAGUAAACCAACACUAUUGAAUUUUCAAACUUUACAUCUUCCAAAUUCAAAGAUUGUGACACGUUGAGAAAAAAAAGUACAAAAUGAUGAUUUAAACAAAGAGCAUCAACACAUCUAUCUCAUACAAAUCCAGAAAGAGUUUCAAUUUCCUCUUCAAUCAAAAUCCAUGGCAAUUUCUCAUCCUCCAUUCAUUCACUUCAUCUGUAUUUUCAUUUUAGCCUUUGAAGGUUUACUUUUUGUUACCGUUAGAUCCUCUUCCUCCUCCAUCUCCAACCUUGAAUCAGACAAGCAAUCGUUGAUUUCUCUGAAGUCUGGAUUCAAUAACCUUAAUCUUUACGACCCUUUAUCUUCUUGGGAUCAAAACUCAUCUCCUUGCAAUUGGACAGGAGUAAGCUGCAAUGAAGAUGGUGAAAGAGUUGUUGAGCUCGAUCUUUCUGGGCUGGGUCUUGCAGGUUUUUUGCAUAUGCAAAUUGGGAAUCUUUCAUUCCUCACAUCACUUCAACUUCAAAACAACCAAUUAACAGGUUCAAUUCCAAUUCAAAUUGGCAAUCUUUUUCGCUUGAAAGUUUUGAAUAUGAGCUUCAAUUACAUAAGAGGUGAUCUCCCUUUCAACAUCAGUGGAAUGACACAGCUCGAGAUUCUUGAUUUAACUUCAAACAGAAUCACAAGCCAAAUUCCACAAGAACUCAGCCAAUUGACAAAGCUCAAAGUUUUGAACUUGGGACAGAAUCAUCUCUACGGUACAAUUCCCCCAUCUUUUGGAAACCUUACUUCUCUCGUAACCUUAAAUUUAGGAACUAAUUCAGUGAGUGGUUUAAUUCCUUCUGAACUGGGUCGUCUUCAAAAUUUGAAAGACUUGAUGAUUUCCAUUAAUAAUUUCAGUGGCAUUGUUCCCUCUACCAUAUACAACAUGUCUUCAUUAGUUACUUUGAUAUUAGCUGCAAAUCGUCUUCAUGGAACACUCCCCAAGGAUUUUGGAGAUAAUCUCCCAAAUCUCUUGUUCUUCAAUUUCUGCUUCAACAGAUUUUCAGGAACAAUUCCAGAAUCAAUGCAUAAUAUGACUCAAAUACGAAUUAUUCGUUUUGCUCAUAACGUUUUUGAAGGAACAAUCCCACCAGGUUUGGAAAAUUUACCUCAUCUUCAGAUGUAUUAUAUUGGACAUAACAAGAUCGUUAGUUCAGGUUCAAAUGGGCUUAGUUUCAUCUCCUCUCUAACCAACAGUUCUCGUCUUACUUUCAUUGCUGUUGAUGAGAACAAAUUAGAAGGUGUGAUUCCUGAAUCCAUUGGAAAUCUUUCUGAAGUCUUUUCAAGAUUGUACAUGGGAGGGAAUCGAAUUUAUGGGAAUAUACCAUCUUCAAUUGGUAAUCUUCGUAGCUUAACUCUCUUGAAUUUGAACAAAAACUUGCUAGCUGGUGAAAUCCCAUCUCAAAUUGGUCAGUUGGAGCAAUUGCAGUUAUUGGCUUUAGCUAAGAAUCGACUCUUUGGUAGAAUUCCAAGCUCGUUGGGGAAUCUUAGAAAAUUAAACCACAUUGAUCUGUCAGAAAACAACCUUAUGGGGAACAUCCCUAUUUCUUUUGGGAAUUUCACAAACUUGCUUGCAAUGGAUUUGUCGAACAAUAAGCUCACUGGGGGAAUACCUAAAGAGGCUCUAAAUUAUCCAAGUUUGAGUAUGGUUUUGAAUCUUUCUAACAAUAUGCUAAGUGGGAAUUUGCCACAAGAAAUUGGAUUACUUGAAAAUGUUGAGAAAAUCGAUAUCUCUGAAAAUCUCAUUUCUGGAAAUAUCCCUCCUUCCAUCGUUGGCUGCAAGAGCUUGGAGGUAUUGACAAUGGCCAAGAAUGAGUUUUCAGGUGAAAUUCCAAGUACACUUGGAGAAAUCAUGGGGUUACGAGCUUUAGAUCUCUCCUCCAACAAACUUUCAGGUCCCAUUCCUAAGAAUCUUCAAAACAGAGCAGCAAUACAGCUCUUGAAUCUCUCAUUUAACAACCUUGAAGGAGUAGUUUCUGAAGGUGGAAGAGCUUAUUUAGAAGGAAACCCUAAACUUUGCUUACCUUCUUUGUGUCAAAAUAACAAACCCCACAAAGAAAGGAGAAUCAAAAUCAUAUCUUUAACAGUCGUCUUCUCAACAUUAGCAAUCUGUUUCACGUUAGGAAUUUGGUUACAUUUAGCUAAGAGAAAGUCAAAACCUUCACCAUCGUCAUCAACUGAUGAACUGAUCAAAAGGCAACACGAAAUGGUCUCAUACGAGAAGAUUCGAACCGGCACUGCAAAUUUCAGUGAAGAAAAUUUGUUGGGAAAGGGAAGUUUUGGGUCAGUUUACAAAGGGUGUUUAAACCUAAACGAAAUAGAUGGGGGAAUUUAUGCAAUCAAGGUGUUGAACAUUGAACGAAGUGGGUAUGUUAAGAGCUUUCUGGGGGAGUGUGAGGCAUUGAGAAACGUGAGGCAUCGGAAUUUAGUGAAACUUGUUACAUCUUGUUCGAGUAUAGAUCAUGAAGGAAGGGAUUUUAGAGGUUUGGUUUAUGAGUUUUUGAGUAAUGGAAGCUUGGAGGAGUGGAUUCAUGGGAAAAGAAACCAUUUGGAUGGAAGUGGGUUGGAUUUAAUGGAGAGAUUGAAUAUUGGGAUUGAUGUUGGGUGUGUGUUGGAGUAUCUUCACCAUGGAUGUCAAGUACCGAUUGCUCAUUGUGAUUUGAAGCCUAGUAAUAUUCUAUUGGCGGAAGAUAUGAGUGCUAAAGUUGGAGACUUUGGGUUGGCCAAGUUGUUGAUGGGAAAUGAAGCAGAUCAGUGUUCUUCCAUCACUUCCUCUCAUGUUCUUAAAGGUUCCAUUGGCUACAUUCCCCCAGAAUAUGGGAUGGGAAGAACACCGACGGUGGCCGGAGAUGUAUAUAGUUUUGGGAUAACUUUGUUGGAGCUUUUUACUGGGAAGAGUCCGACCGACGAAGGAUUUGGUGAAAAACAAAAUCUAGUUGAAUGGGUUCAAUCCACUUAUUUAAGGGAUUUGAUUCAUUUUCAAACAAUUAGGUCUCCUAAUAAUCAAUUAAGGCUGCUAAUUGGAUUCCAUUGUUCCCACUACAAAGGUCGAGAAAUUAGUGAACAAAACCAAAUGGAUUGUUUGAUUCAAGUCAUCAACGUUGCCAUCUCUUGUACUGCUAAUUCUUCUGAUAAACGCAUCACCAUUAAAGAUGCUCUAUCCAGGCUUCAAAAUGCUAGAAAUUCCCUUCUCGGAUUCAGUUAGGGCUUUUUCGGUAAUUGACUUGUAAUUCCUUUUUUUUUUCUCUCUAUUUAUUGGAUUGUUCCAUUAAAAAAAAUUAUAUUAUAGAUUGAAAAUUUAUGCGUGUAAAUGCAAAUUUAGAAAAAGGGUUCUAAUGUUGA